CCUACUUCACUGUGUUUCAGCACAUUUAUCAUGCUGCACCACUUUAUUUUGACGGGCCUCUUCACAGCUGUGAUAAUAUUAGCCCGAUCGGUUACUGCUGAUGACAACGAAUGUAGUGAAUGCGAUAUGAAUUCUUGUGAACCACCAGAGGACUGUUACGCGGGCUUGGUUAAAGAUUUUUGUAACUGCUGUUAUAAAUGUGCACGUCGAGAAGGUGAAAGAUGUGAUCAUGACGAUUUACAUAUUGAAGGAUUCGGUCACUGUGGAGACAAUUUGGAAUGCCGAAUGAGGACUGAUUUAGCUUGGGAAGAUCCACCGGAAGCCAUAUGUACUUGUGUCAGUCAGGAUCCUUUAUGUGGAAGUGACGGUAUAACAUACGACAAUAUCUGCCAGCUAAAUGAAGCUCGUUACCGCAGAAGAGAUGGACUCAGGGCAAUCUCUAGAGAGCCCUGUGUGAAACCACCAAGGAUUAUUUCAGCUCCGCAGGAUAUUCAGAACUCUACCGGAACAUCUAUAGCUCUGACAUGUGAAGCAAGUGCUUGGCCUGUGCCCUCCAUUCAGUGGGAGAUGCAGCAAGAUAAUUCAAUUAUCAUACUACCAGGAAACAAUACUCGUGUUGCUAUCCAGUCUCGCAGUGGGCCGGGGGCAGAAGAAACUACAAGUUGGCUUCUGUUUUUUAGUCUCGCAGAGGAAGACGAAGGAACUUAUAUUUGCAAAGCUGAAAAUUAUCUUGGAUCAAGUUCGAGCUCUGCAAGAGUUUCCGUAUUUUCCUAAUCCGAAUCACUAGGUUUAAUAAUCAGAAAUCAAUUAAAAUCAGCUGCACUAUAAGAAGCUGUAAAUUUAAAUGUCAGUACUGACGUCUGCUGCAAAUUUGAAUACGUUUUUAACAUGAAUGUGAUUUCAGAGGACUUUAUAACACAUCAUUAUAAAUACAUUUCUUUCCUAGCAAUUCUAAUUCAUGAUCAUUUUGUAAUUAAUUAAGCAUCUAAUUCGAUUCUGAUAAUCAAAAUCAUUUUUAGAAUUUUGUAUAAUGCAAUUUCGCAGUGGAGCGUUUUCACUAUUACAUUCUACAGAUGCAGAAUAAUUUGAUGUUCACAGCGCGUUUGGUUUUGCUGUAAACACUUUAGAAAUAGACUUCGUUUAAUGUCUUUAUCAGUAAGUAAACGCAUUAAAUAUUAAUUAAUUUAAAUAUAUUUAUUUAAAUUAAUUAAGGUUACCGUUGCUUUAUGUAGCUCUCAUUUAUUCCAGAUAGUGAAUAAUAAAUUUUCCCCGAGAUACUGUUGUAAAUGCUUAAUGCGUUCCGAAGAUGAUUCAUUUCAUUGGCUUCUUAUCGGCUUCAGCUCCCCCUUCCCCCCCCUACUGUAGGAUUACUAGUAGCAAAUGCAAACUUGGAAACUUCUAUCUAUCAAGACGGAUGCGGGGAAAUGUAAUCGAACAGGAAGUAGCAAUGUUAUUCUUACCGGAAAUGCAACUGCAAAGGAAGGAACCCAGUGUCUCAUUUACAAAUGACUACUUUCCCUUGUGUUGAUUAAACCCUUUCGCUUUAUUCAUAAUUUCUGAAUGGGUCAAAUUAUGACUGAUUUUAAUAGUGCCUGGAAAUUUCCGUAGCUUCGUUGUUUUUCUUCAGAAGAGCAUACAUCGGUGGAAAAGAAACAUAUCAAAUUAAUUACUUAAUGUAAUAUCUCCUGUAUGCGAUUCUAAAUGCUCUUAUUGCAUAAUCACAGCUCCGUAAAAAAAGUUACAAUGACUUCUUAAAAUGAAAGUGUAAAGAUAAUUUACAGUAAAUAUUUUUCCUUGAAUUCCAUUUAUUCCGAAAUUUUCUGAUUAGGAACAGACUUUCUUCAUCAUCUGGAUUGUAAUCAAUAUUUAGUUGUUAUUGAAAAAUAUAAUAAUUUGACAUUAAUAAAAACAUU